AUGGCACUUCCUUCAUUUCAAUUAUGGCUUGCAUUGCUGCUGCUUGCUGCAGUAUGUGCAUCUGCAAUGCAUCCUAGGAAAUUAGCUAGAUUAGGUGGGUUAAAAAGAUUAACAACCAGCAAGUCCUCUAGCGAUCUCCCACCAGAAUAUGAAAUACAUCACUACAGACAGACACUCGAUCAUUUCAACUAUAAACCAGAGAGUUAUGCUACAUUUCAGCAGAGAUAUAUUUUGAAUUACAAGUACUGGGGUGGGGCAAAUACCAGCUCACCUAUCUUUGUUUAUACAGGUGAAGAGGGCGAAGUAACAGAUGAUGUUGAGACUUUCAUUAUUGUUCUUGCUGCUCGUUUUAAAGGUUUGCUAUUGUAUAUAGAGCAUCGUUACUAUGGAGAAUCAAUGCCUUUUGGAUCUGAAAAUCAAGCAUUUCAAAAUUCCAGCACCCUUGGAUACUUGAGCUCAGAACAAGCCUUAGCAGAUUAUGCACAGGUGAUAGUACAUGUUAAGAAGAACCUGUCAGCAGAAAAUUGUCCAGCUAUUGCAGUUGGAGCAUCUUAUGGUGGAAUGCUCGCAUCCUGGUUUCGUAUCAAAUAUCCUCACAUUGUCAUUGGUGCUUUGGCAUCUUCCUCUCCCAUACUCUACUUUGAUGAUAUCACACCUCAAGAUGGAUACGAUGUUGUUGUCACCAAAGAUUUUAAAGAGACUAGUGAGAGUUGUUACAACACAAUAAAGCAAUCUUGGUCAGAGAUUGAUAGAGUGGCAGCUGAACCAAAUGGGCUAACGACACUUAGCAAUUUGUUCAAUACUUGCAGCCCUCUGACCUCAUCGCAAGAGCUCAAGGACUACUUAGGAUUCAUGUAUGAGGAUUCUGCUCAGUACGAUAAUCCUCCUGAUUAUCCAGUCCAGAAUACCUGCCGUGGCAUUGAUGGAGCACCAGAAGGAACUGAUAUUCUUGGAAGAGUUGUUGCAGGUCUCAGUAGUCUCAAUAGUUCGGGUUUAUGCCAAGAUAUACUUUCAUAUGAACAAAGCAACCAGGAUGCAUGGGAUUGGCAGACAUGUACUGAGAUUGUAAUGCCAAUGGGACGUGGUAAUGAGACUAUGUUCGAAGCUGAACCUUUCGAUAUGGAGGACUACACCAAAGAGUGUGUAGAUGAUUUUGGAGUUGUGCCUAGGCCUCAUUGGAUAACAACAGAAUUUGGCGGCCAUGACAUAAAAACUGUACUAGGAAAUUUUGCAAGCAACAUCAUUUUCUCCAAUGGACUUCGAGACCCAUAUAGCAUUGGAGGUGUUCUAGAAGACAUAUCAGACAGUGUUGUUGCGGUGUAUACAGAACAAGGAGCCCAUUGCUUGGACAUAGAUCUCCCAACUCCAGAUGAUCCAGACUGGUUGGUUGCACAGCGAGACAAAGAGAUCAAAAUCAUUGCGGCUUGGAUUGCAGAGUACUAUGCCAAGCUUUCCGCCAAAUAGUGUACUUAUUAUACUUUUCUUGUCAGUGACCAUUGUAUCAAAUUUGAAAGGGAGUCCUAGUGAGAUUUCAAUAACAUUCUCUCGUAUUUGAUGUGAAGAAGGUAUAUUAUUGCU